CUGCGCUUUGUGUUGGAAGGAACCAUUGGAUUGCAGUGCUGAUUUCUGUAUUUGGAUUUGUUUAAUUCACUCCAUCGCAAACGCGUUCGAGAGGUGAACUAACUCCGUUGUAUCUUUUCUUUGCUGGCGGAUGUUUCUGUUUUUGUAAUUAUGGAAUACGGUGGAUUUUUAGAGCCUGGCCUGAUUACCCUCUUUGUCGUCUGUAUACUUGCGCUGCAAUCAGUGUGUACUGAAGUAAGCUAUUCUAUCCAAGAGGAGCUGAAACCAGGAACUGUCUUUGGAAAUAUAGCUAAGGAUCUUGGUCUGGAUAUUACUACAUUGUCAUCUCGCAAGGCCCGUGUUGACGCAGAAGGAGAUAACGAACGAUUUUGUGCCGUUAGUUUACAAACGGGAGAUUUGAGCGUUGCCGAGCAGCUUGACAGAGAGAGUCUUUGUGGCACGAAAUCGUCAUGCAUUUUAAUCCAGGAACUUGUACUGGAGAAUCCUUUAGAACUACAUCGUAUAAAUCUACAUGUUCAAGAUAUAAACGACAACUCUCCACAAUUCAAAAGAAAUUCCAUUAAAAUGGAAAUAAGUGAGUCAGCAGAAAAGGGGACUCGUUUCCGAAUAGAGGGCGCGCACGAUGCGGAUAUAGGCAAAAAUUCUGUUCAGAGGUACAGUCUACAAAAAAAUGAUAACUUUAUUUUAAUGGUUGAUGCAAACAACGUUGAGCUUGUUCUUGAUCACAAACUCGACAGAGAAACACAGCGAGAGAUUAAUUUACCUCUCACAGCUGUUGAUGGUGGUUCACCACAGAGAUCAAGCACUGUUAUGAUACAUGUCACCGUACUGGAUGCUAAUGAUAAUGCUCCAGUAUUCAGCCAAGCCGUCUAUAAAGCCAGCAUACCCGAAAACUCUCCUCUUAAUACUGUAGUGGUUAGAGUCAGCGCUACAGAUGCUGAUGAGGGAGUGAAUGGCGAGGUGUCCUAUGACUUUGGCCAUGUGUCAGAUAUCGAU